AUGCAUACCUGUGCGAAUUGUGGUACUCAACACACCGACGGAACAAUAUGCAGCAUUUGCAAGAAUCAUUAUGAUUUUCCAUGUUCUGGAGUGACGGAAUCCGGCUAUCGCAGAUUAGCAACAGUGGUGGAAGACAUUAAGAGCAUUAAGGCUGAAAUAGGCGAUCUCAAGAAUUCCCUCGAGCUGGCAUAUCAACUCACUGGUGAUCUCUCGAACACGGUGAAGGACUUGGGCACUAGGAUAUGUACAGUUGAAAAUAUCGGCAGUGAGGUUCCUGCUCUUCGUGACGAAAUUACCAGGUUGAACAAUGAGCUACAGGACCGGGACCAGUGGGCCCGUGCGAAUAACGUGGAGAUCCGUGGUAUACCGGAAAAGAAGGGUGAAAAUCUAUAUGAUGUCGUCAGCUGUAUCGGCCAACUUUAUAAUAUUUCCAUUACGAAAGAGGAGAUUAAUUACAUUGCACGUAUCCCAACUCGUGUGCUGAAGGCUGAAAAAUCUAUUAUUGUUGCGUUCAACAAUAGGUAUCGCAAGGAGGAACUUAUCGCUUUAGCUCGUAAAAUUAAGAAGAACAGUCUCUCGGACUUGGGUAUACGAGGAGAGGGAAAAUUUUAUCUGAACGACCAUUUGACGCAGCGUAAUAAAACAUUAUUAAACAAAGCAAAGUCGCUCGCGAAGGAUAAUAAUUUCCAAUAUAUUUGGGUAAAACAUUGUAAAAUAAUGGCCCGCAAAUCAGAUACAUCCCCGAUAUUUUUUAUAAAAGAGGAAAGGGAUUUGAAGAAGAUAACCUGA